GAGUGAGUGAGUGAGUUUCCUUGUAUCAGAAUGAAUGACCGUGUAUUUCUUGUUUUUAUUACCAUCUGUCAGGAGUCAGGACUAGCGACCAUUCAUAAAUUCGUUACAGCCGGUAUACCGAGUUGAUGGUAUGUUUAUCUCCCAAUAUCCUUGCAUCCCAUGCUAUAUACCUACUCAUAUGUCAACUGUUUCACCAGAUAUGAGAUAAAGAGUAACCGGACAGAGAUAUACAGAGAGAGCAGACUGCAGCAUCGCAAAUAGUAGCCACAUGUAGCACGAAAUAACAUAUCAGCUGAUGUAUACUUGAGCUGAAUCUGCAUUCUUGGUUACCGUCUUUUGGGGACUUCUAGCAUUUCUGUUAAUGCUACAAACAGCUACAAGUAUGUUAUUGUCCUCUGCACUGAUCACCACUGCCUCUGCAGCUGCUGUUAGGAGUCAACAAAUUUCUCCCUUGUAUAUUCCAGCCAAAAUUGAACCAGUACCUCUAUUGCUUUAUUGACUAAUAAGGAAAUAAUGGAUCAAAUACAGCUAAUUCAUGGCAAGUUCAGGCUACACACGAGUUUUGGUUCAUCUGAGAAAGACCUCUGCAGUGGAAUCCUACCAAAAGGCCAAGUUUAGUGAAUGUAUAUUAGAUUUCCUGGGAUUUUGUGGAGAUGGCAUGGUGGAAUGUCACUUAGAAGACAACAGACUUCUCAUUCAACCUUCUGCGAUGGCGAACACUUUGGAGAAUACAAAGAUGGCUACAAAUGUGAAGAAAACUCCCUCUUAUAAACUGGUGCACCCACCAUUCUGCCCUGUUCAGCAUCUUGAUGAGGAUGGAAUAGCAUCAUUAGACCCAGAAAUCUAUAACAGAGGUGUAGAUGUUGGAGUUGCAGUCAUUCUUGAAUCAAGUGAUAAUCGUUUGCUAUUGACUCGGAGAGCACCCCACAUGAGGACAUUUCCGAAAACAUGGGUCCCUCCAGGAGGCCACAUAGAGGAAGGAGAGACUUUAGAAGAUGCUGCGCUUAGAGAGUUAGAAGAGGAAACAGGUCUUGUUCUCACACCUACUGAGAAAAAGACUAGUAACAUUUUAGGUCUCUGGGAAUCAGUUUAUCCUCCUGUGCUUCCAAUGGGCCUUCCCAAGAGACACCAUAUUGUUGUCUACUUGCAUAUAGUACUUGACAGGACAUCACAGGAUUUGCAGAAUAACUUCAAGUUAUGUGGAGAGGAGGUAGAUGCAGCUGUUUGGUUGUCAGAAGAGCUUGUCAGGCUGUCAGUGUGGAGAAAUGAUAACAGUUCUGAUGCAGCUGAUGAAUUGCCUGUCAAGAAUGAAGAGAUUCCAAUAACCUUGGUUAAUCGUACUGGAGAACAUGCAUCUGGUUAUCUUGAUUCAGAAAUUUUGAAAGAGAAGACAUCCAAUGAGGACUUGAAAAGGGAGAGAGUCAGCACUGGAAGCAGGUAUGCUUUGGCCUUGUGGUUGGAAAAAAAAUCAUUAAAUGUGAAUAGAACAUCAGGUAGCCUUCAGAAAGAUUUAUACAAACAAUUUCUUAUGAAGGAUGAUCAUGCUAAAGAAAUUGAUACAUCCAAAGCGUCAAACUUGUGAUUAAUUGUCUUUUAUUUGUGUCUACACCAAAAUCAGUGUACACCAUCAAAUAUUUUAAAUUUCUCUGUGAAGGUAUUAGUACCAUGCAUUUGUAAAAAUUAUUUAAACUUGUUAGGUAGUAUAGUUAUGUAGAACAUAGGUCAUAACCAUUUUUUGGUGGCACAGACAAGGCCAUUAAAAUGUAUAUAAAUAUACUAAUUUUAGGUGCACAUUAAUUUUACUUUUGCAUUUGGUGCAAGAUAUAACCUCAGGGAUUUUAAACCUGUGGAUGCAGGGAGGGCAUAUAUGAAUAUAAUUACAAUACAUUGAUUUUAUUUAUAAGUAAAUAUCUCUACAAGUGAUUACUCACUAAGGGGUCAUUUACUAAGCCCAUCUGAUCUACCUCAUUUAUAGAAAAGGUAUAAAUUUCAUCAGAAAUACAUGUAUUUCUGAUGAAGACGUAAUCGAAACCGGUCAAAUACAUCUCUUGUAUUGUGAAGAUAUCCAGUCUCAUUCAUACCUUUUCUACACUCUACAUUUGUCAACAUGGAUACGGUUCUACCUCAUUUAUCCAAUUCUUUAAAUUUUGGAAAGAAUUUUUUUUCUAUUAUUACAACCAGUAUUAUUAAUAAUGUUAUAUUGAUACUAUUAAUGAUAAUAACAUCAUUAUUGUUAAUAACAAUAGUAAUAGUAUUGGAAGUAAAGACUAUUCCUUUUUUAAUCAUGGAAUGUGGUAAACAGGUGGACAGGUAGGUCUAGUAAUCACUUCCUUGGUAAUCCAGCACUUGUGAAGUUACAUAUAUGUAAACAGAACUGACAAAACAAAACUACAGUGGAGAGUGCAUUUAACUGACACUAGUGAGAUAAUAUUAUUGUAUUGUACAUUGCGGCAACAAAAGAAUAUAUGUUACCAAAUAAAAAAACAUUGUUUAUAAGGCUGAUCACAAGAUGAGGAAAAAACUAGCUGAUGAAACAAAAAUUGUUAGUAAAUGAUUAGUCAUUUGUUAAUUAUGUGCUUCAUGUUUAGUAUGGCUACUUUCAAGGACACAUCCUAAUAUUUACAUUGUAUAUAAUAUGUAAAUAAAUAUAAAGAAAAUAUGAAUUGUUUCUAAUUUUUGUAUUAAAAUUACAAAACUUGUUAUGUUAUUUCAUGUAAAGAAGUAUACAAAGUACUCUUUGCUUUAUAAUUACUAUAAAAGUGUAAAAUUUCAUUUUGGUGAAUGGACAAUUACAGAGCUAUGAAAAUAUUUUAGAAAAAAGUAAGGAAAGUAAAAAAAAUCAUAUAUAAAGCAAAGAUGUGUGCUGAAUACAAAUUUUGCAACACAUUACUUUACCCAGUAUGAAAUAUAUCUUUUUCCAUAUUAUGUGGCACAUAAUUUCAAUAUAGAUUCAUGGAGGUUGUGAAACAUGCAAACUCUGUCAUUACUGAUAUUUCCCCCUAAUCCCUUGCUCACUGUUGUCUUGGGAGUUUUAGGAGAAUAAGGCCCAAGGUAGGGGAUCAUCCCUUACCUAAGAUAUAAGCCCUUACCUCAACUAAUUGUGCAUGGUCUUUUCUUUUCCCCCUUUACCUUUUCUUCUCUUCUUCAUCCCCUUCUGUUCACUUCCUAAGGUGUGAGAGCCGUGCUGAAAGGAUGAAAGGCUGGUUUUGCCAAGUAUUGCUGUUUUUGAAUACUCCGCUAAUGACCUUAGAUGUUGACGAGGCAGAACAUUUUUAAAAAUGAGAUAAAUUACUGAUAUUUAUGGUAAAUCAAAUAACUUGCUGAUAUCCAGUACAUU